AUGCCUCGUCAACGCCGUGGUGCCGCCACCCCAGCGAGCGCUCCUACCAGACCAACUGCUGCUCCCGCCAAACCCGCUGCUCCUCAGACGCAACACCAGCAGCCUCACUCGACUGCUGCUCACCCUCCUGCGCCGGCUGCCCAGCCGCAGGCGCCUCCUGCGGCUCCUGCUCAGCAGCAGAGCUCUGGCCCCGGCCUGUUCGCCCAGAUGGCUUCGACCGCUGCUGGUGUCGCAGUUGGUUCCUCCAUCGGCCACGCCAUCGGCAGCCUCUUCACUGGUGGCUCCAGCAGCGCCCCUGCUGAGACUCAACAGGCUCCUGCUCCCCAGGCUCAGCCUAUGGACAGCAACCUCUACCAGAGCAACGCCUGGGAGAACUCUGCCUGUGAGACGGAUGUGCGAAACUUCCGCAAGUGCAUGGAUGACAACCAGGGCAACCUGACCAUUUGUGGAUGGUACCUGGACCAGCUGAAAGCUUGCCAGGCGGCUGCCAAGCAGUACUAA